GUGCGCGCCUCUGAUCUCGUGCCAGGAGGAUACGAGGGCGGCUUCAAGCUCUGGGAGUGCGCGGUCGACCUCCUGCACGAGUUGGGCGCGCGCCACCGCGACGGAACCCUCCGCGCGAGCGGCGCGUCCGUGCUCGAGGCGGGUUGCGGCGCGGGCCUGCCAUCACUGCUCGCGCUGCAGCUUGGCUGCCGUGUGGCAGUGCUGCACGACUUCAACGCGGAGGCGCACCUCGACUCGCUGCUCACCUCGCAGCGGCGCGCCGAGGCGGCGGCCGUCGUGGAGGCCGCGGCGCCCUCGUCGUCCCCGCCGCUGCCACCCGACGGGUUCGACCUCAUCUUGACCUCCGACACAAUCUACGACGCCGGUGCGGCGCGGCGCUUGUGGCACCUCAUCGCGUCGCAGCUUCGCCGCCCGGUGGGCCUCGCGCUCGUCGCGGCGAAGAGCUACUAUUUCGGUGUCGGUGGCUCGGUGGCGGCGUUCCGAACGCUCGUCGAGGAGGACGGCCGUUUCUCGUGCACGAGCGCGAGGGUGGUUGAGGACGGCGCGUCCAACCGGCGCGAGGUGCUGCUGAUCCGG